AUGGCACCCAAGAAGGACCCUAAGGCUGCCGCCAAGAAGGCACCAGAACCUGCACCAGCACCAGCACCUGCACCGGCACCCGCGCCAGCCCCUCCUCCUAAACCUGCUGGCGUCGACCUGUCCGCCGUCAAGGUGGAAUUCACGCCAGACCAGAUUGAAGACUACAAGGAGGCCUUUGGUCUGUUCGACAGGGUGGGUGACAACAAGGUGGCUUACAACCAGAUCGCGGACAUGAUGCGCGCUCUGGGACAGAACCCCACCAACAAGGAGGUGAACAAAAUCCUGGGAAACCCCUCUGCUGAUGAAAUGGUCCACAAGAGAAUAGAGUUCGAGGCUUUCCUGCCCAUGCUCCAGUUCAUCAUCAACAGCCCAAACAAGGCCGGAUUCGAGGACUACGUUGAGGGUCUGCGCGUCUUCGACAAGGAGGGCAACGGCACAGUGAUGGGUGCUGAACUGCGUAUUGUCCUGUCAACACUGGGAGAGAAGAUGACUGAGGCUGAGAUUGAUGCUCUCAUGGCAGGACAGGAGGACGAGAAUGGCUGUGUCAACUAUGAGGCCUUUGUCAAGCACAUCAUGUCUGUGUAAGGACCCUGCCACUGCG